CACAUAAAUAAAAACUAAGAUAUUUUCAUUUAUUUUAUAUAUAUUUAAUAUAUAUAUAUAUAUAUAGUAAUAUAGAUACAUAUAGAAAUAUCGAGAACAACAAGAAGAAGCAGCAAAUGGAAGACGGUGAGCCAGCUCCAAUUCAUCAAGUUAUUUUGAUCUCCGCCGGUGCAAGUCAUUCCGUCGCUCUUUUAUCUGGAAAUGUUGUUUGUUCAUGGGGAAGGGGGGAGGAUGGACAACUAGGGCAUGGGGAUGCUGAAGAUAGGUUGGCACCUACUCAGUUAAGUGCCUUGGAUGGCCAAGAGAUAGUGUCUCUUACUUGCGGAGCUGAUCAUACGGUUGCUUUUUCAGAGUCACAACUCAAUGUAUACAGUUGGGGAUGGGGUGAUUUUGGGAGGUUGGGCCAUGGAAACUCUACUGAUUUUUUUAUCCCGCAGCCAAUAAAAGCAUUACAGGGACUACGUAUAAGGCAGAUUGCUUGUGGAGACAGCCAUUGUUUGGCCGUCACCAUGGAAGGCGAGGUGCAGAGUUGGGGCCGGAAUCAAAAUGGUCAACUUGGGUUAGGUACCAUUGAGGACUCUCUCGUUCCACAGAAGAUUGAAGCCUUUCAGGGUGUAACAGUCAAAAUGGUUGCUGCUGGUGCUGAGCAUACAGUGGCUAUAACGGAAGAUGGUGACCUAUAUGGUUGGGGUUGGGGUCGAUAUGGAAACUUGGGUUUAGGUGACAGAAAAGAUCGCAAUAUUCCAGAGAAAGUUUCAAAUAUCAGUGGGGAGAAGAUGGUACUUGUUGCAUGUGGUUGGAGGCAUACUAUCUCUGUUUCAUCGUCUGGUGAUUUGUAUAGUUUUGGUUGGAGCAAAUAUGGUCAACUAGGACAUGGUGACUUUAAGGACCACCUUGUUCCUGCUAAACUCGAAACAUUGCAUGGCCAAUUCAUAUCACAGAUCUCAGGUGGCUGGAGGCACACUAUGGCUUUAACAUCAGAAGGGAAGCUUUAUGGAUGGGGAUGGAACAAGUUUGGGCAGGUUGGUGUUGGGGACAAUCAGGAUCAUUGCUUUCCUAUGGAAGUCAAAUUUCCAGAUGACCAGAAGGUAACUCAGAUUUCAUGUGGAUGGAGGCACACGCUUGCCGUGACUGAAAGAAAUAAUGUCUUUUCCUGGGGCAGAGGUACAAAUGGACAGCUUGGCCACAAGGAGGCUAUUGACAGAAACAUUCCCAAGAUUAUUGACGCUUUGAGCAUCGAUGGAUCUAGUGGACAACACAUAGAAUCCUCAAGCACAGACCCAUAUGCAGUGAAACUUUCGGUAUUACCAUCUGAUAGAUAUGCAGUUGUCCCUGAUGAAAUGGCUGGGGCUAACGGAAGUGAUGCUAGUGUCCCUGAGAAUGAUGUCAAGAGAAUCAGGCUAUGAUUUUUCAACUUCAAACUAACUGCAUCUGUUUCAAGGUUCACUAUGUAUUCAGGAAUGUAAUGUAUAUCUGGACAUGAUCUUGAGGAAGUUUGAAUAGUGAUUCCGUGUUAGUUUAGACUUUGUGUGUGUUAUCUAGUACGUCAAACAAGUGCUCAUUGUGUUUAGGAAGUUGUCAUUGUCGUAUUAUGUGUUGUUAUAGUUUGAUGUAUGACCAUGAUGAGGCGUUGUAGUAUACUCGUAUGUGUAACUAGUUUUGUGCAUCCAAUCAACCGUUUUGUUGUGUAUCUAUGUAGACAUACCUUUCUUGAACACUUACAUAAAUACAUGUGCAAAUGUAUGUUGUCGACGUUA